AUGGAGUUUUGGUUCAAUUACAAAGGUUUAAAUCCAUGUAGUACAAAUCCCUGUAACAAUGGUGGAGUCUGCAAAAUAAGACACUACAAUUACUUUUGCAUCUGCCCCCCAAAAUUUGGAGGAGACAACUGUGAAAGAGAAAAGUUUGAAUGCUGGUAUAAGAACGGUGGGUGCUGGCAGUACUGCAGGGACAGCAGCAACGCCUUUCACGUGGUGUGCUCCUGCGCAAAGGAUUACACCCUGCAUGAGGACGGGAAGAGAUGCGUGCAAGCAGCACCAUUUCCAUGUGGCCUGAUUAAAGCCAGGCAGGCUCUGGAGAAAGCGCAACUGGGGCAGAAAAGGCUCCCAAGGGGACUGCGUGAGCGUGGGGAUGAUGUGGCCAAGUGGAAUGAGAGCAUGGAGGGCACAGCUAGGCAAACAGAGCCGGAACAAAGUGCUGUUGGGGUAAAUGAGACCGUAAAGGAUGCCUUUGGGCAGAGCGCGCGCGUGGAGGGUGACGCUGGACAAACUGAGGUGUCAGGAGUUGCUUCCAGCUGGAGCAAGGCACUGGUGGACUCUGUUACCCAGACCCUGCUUGGGGGUAGUGCCGCUGGGCAGGAGGCGGCUGUUCCUGAGCACGAUGAGGCAGUGGAGGGGACCGCGGGGCCUGGCAGAGGCCCGGCUCCAUGGAGUGAGCUGACCCAGGGCCCUGCAUGGCAGAACGAGACCACAGCACCUGCUGCCAGACAGAAAGAAAGGGUAGAAAAUGCUGCUGGGCAAAACCGAACAGGGGAGAGCACUGGCCAGAACAAAACAGGGGCCACUCAAACUGUGCACGAUGGGCUUAGUCAGAGCAGCGACUGGGGAAACGUUUCAGGCACGCCUCAGUUCAUCCAGAUGAACAUCAGCUAUACUUUAGAGCACAAUGACGCCAGGAUAACGGGAGGAACUUUGUGUCACCGUGGACAUUGCCCCUGGCAGGUUUUGAUCCGGAAUAGUAAAGAUAUUGGCUUCUGUGGAGGGAGUUUAAUCAGCAGUCGCUGGGUGGUCACUGCGGCUCACUGCCUUGAUCUCGUCAGACCACACCAUGUUACCAUAGGAGACUUUGACAAAUAUCAAAGAGAAUUCAAAGAACAGAAGAUUGAUGUGGAACGGAGCUGGACACAUCCACAUUAUGAUUCAAAUGACUACAACAGUGACAUCGCCUUGUUGUACUUGAGCAGUGAUGUAAUUUUUAACGAGUAUGCAAUUCCCAUCUGCCUUCCAAGCCCUAACCUUGCCACCCUGCUAUCUGAAGAAGGAAGAAUAGGGAUGGUAAGCGGAUGGGGUGCCACUCAUGACAGAGGUUCGACUCUGCGCUUCCUCAUGAAAGUCCAGCUGCCCAUUAUAAACAUGGAGACCUGUCAGCAGUCAACAGACAGACUCAUUACUGAUAACAUGUUCUGCGCGGGUUACAAGGCGGAAGUUGCAGACGCCUGCAAAGGGGACAGCGGUGGCCCUUUCACAGUGUCUUACCGCAACACUUGGUUUCUCCUGGGGAUCGUAAGCUGGGGUGAGGGCUGUGCUGAAAAAGGAAAAUACGGUGUAUAUACGAGAGUAUCCAAUUACAUCCCAUGGAUUAAAGAGAUUGUUGAAAGUGUAGCAGAUUCAGAAAGCUUUGCCAUUAACUUUUCUUAA